GAUGGAUCUAAUUACACUUUUAAAACAUUUUUUAUAUAAUUUUGUGUAAAUGGAAAACAUCUUGAAUGAAUACACCUUGCGGUUUAAGUUGAGAAAUUAGACGCGUGCACGUGGACUGAAGAUGGGAAACAGCGCUCGUUCUGGACUGCUGUGGGAAGGUUAUCGCCCACAGCGGACAUCGAUGCAUAGAGACGUUCUGCUUGUGGACAAAAGGUGUACACGGCAUUCACCAAGCCUGUUAUUUACUUGGUAAUGAAAUGGUAAUAUGAAAGAAUGCCAUGUGAUUAUGGAUGCUGUGACAGGCAGAACGAUGUUUUUCCACACACCAAAUGCUCCACCGACUCCCCCAUAUGUUUUGAGGUUUCAUUCACCAUUACUCAAACCCAACACUGACAUCUUGUGCCUGGCUGUAACAGUCAUUUGCUUCAUCAACUCCAUAUUCCCCCUGUCCCAAGCUGUUUGACAUGCACAUUUCUGGAUAAUUAAUUCAGAACACAGCGGCCUGAUCCUCAGUCAUAUUGCACGAAAUGCCCGUGGACUUGGAGCAUCCUGAUUAUCUGCAGCUUCCCCCCUGACUUCAGACCCUCUGUGAGAUCACACGCCUGCUCUUUAGCAUUAACAUAUUUUCUCACCAGCCUCCCUGGAUCCACUGAGACACACUGAAUGCUCCACAAUUAGGGAAAUUCCCCCCCCUUUUUUUAAUCUCACUUCCUGUUCGUGCGUUUUGCGGUCAUGGGUGGAAUCUCAUUUUAAGCCACGACUACAAGCACGUUUUUUUGUACGAGCUUCUGCAUUAGCUGUGCCCCCUCGUUUGAUGUUUACACACUUCAUCUGUUCAGUUUAAUGUUUUCUCAUCACAUUGUUUGAAUAAAUAGCAGCUGGGAGUUAAUAUAAGUCACAGAUUCAGUUUAGUUGACAUCGACUGCUUUAAAUCAAUGAAAACAACCACUUCAUGUGAAAAAAAAAGUUAAAAACUCAUAACUAACUCUGAAAAAAUGUUUGAAGAUAAGCUUUCCAUUUGUUUGUUUAUUCGUGUCAUUAUUAUUUUGUGCUACAAAACGUCUGGCGAAAAGAACACUGUUUCAUGCAGAUAUUCCCACUCCAAAAAAAAAGGAAAAAAACAGCUUGUUUUGUUCACGCAUGGUCGAUGUUGGUCCCCUGCUGAUUGUGCAGAAGAGAAUAUAAAAAAAGUUCCCCAGGGUUUGUGUGCUGCAGUCUGAUGAGCCCUGUGAGUAUAGAGCAGAAUGACCUGGCGAGGGUUAACAUGAGCAGCGCUGUGUUCCCGCCUCCUGACAUUGACUGAGCUCUCACACACACUCUCUCUCUCUCUGUGUGUGUGUGUGUCACACACGCACACACACACACUUUCUCCGCUGAGGCCAGCACAGAGCCGGAGAGAGGAGGGACUGCUCGCAGCUCCGAGAGCCAGCUGUCGUUCGCCCCGAGUAGACUCUCGCUGACUCCCCCGGCCUCCUCAUCCCUCCAUGGGACUCCAGACCUGGCCGCCAAGCACACCGCUGUCCUCCAUGGCCUGCCUUGACGUGGAGACCCCUUCCAUCGGCAGGGGUCAAUUCAAAUCAGUCCUCCAGCUCCGUUUGCAACAGAGGAGAAGUCGGGAGCAGCUCGUGGAGCAAGGCAUCAUGCCGCCUCUGAAGACACCUGCGUCCUUUCACGAGCGGAUUCGCAGCCUGGAGAGAGCGCGGACCGGAAGCUUCUUAAAGCACAAACUCUGCAGCAGACCCGAGCGCUCCGAGUUGGUCCGUAUGCACAUCCUGCAAGAGACGCAGGCCGAAGCCUCCCUGCAGGCCACACAGAUGAAGCUGAAGAGGGCCCGGCUGACUGAUGAUCUCAACGAGAAGAUUGCCCAGCGGCCUGGAGCCAUGGAGCUGGUGGAGAAGAACAUCCUGCCCGUGGACUCGGGUGUCGAGGAAGACAUCGACGGUGGUGAGGAAAACCGUUCCAAGCCACCAGACAUUUUCAACUUUGGUGAGGAGAGCAGCGAGGCCUUACCCCCCCAACGGCAGCCUGCCAGGCAAACAUCUCAAAGGGAGUCUGGAGGGACCGAGGCCACUUCCACUUCCUCAUUCUUAAACUCCCCCAUACAGCACUCCCCACCACCGAACUCACAGUCCGCGUCAGACGUCGCCGUCCUCGUCCCCGCCAGUGAGCCGCAGAGCAAACGACAUGGGCCUACACCUCGGCCAAUCACGUGUGUUGUCCCCAGUGUCCCACCAGGACCGCUUCUUGUGAAGCAAAGUCUGCCCCGGCUGCCCAGCGAUAGGAGCCGCAGCAAAAAGGGCAAAGAGCCCAAACCACGGGUGAAAAAGUUAAAAUAUCACCAGUACAUCCCCCCAGACCAGAAGCAGGAGCUCAACGACAUGCUGAUGGACUCGGCGUAUGCCCGUCUCCUGCAGCAGCAGCAGCAAUUCCUGCAGCUUCAGAUCUUGAAGCAGCAGCAGCAGUUCAGCUACCAGGCCGCCCUGCCGGCCCCGCCGCUCAAAGCAACAACCGAGGUACAAACCAGCUGCUCCAGUGCGGUUCUGAGUGGGAGCGGCACGUCUAGCCCUCUGCAGCCCCGGCACGCUCGCACCCACCGCAAGCCGGAUCGUUUACCAGCUAAUCUGGAUGAGAUGAAGGUUGCGGAGCUGAAAAUGGAACUUAAAUGCAGAUUUUUGCCAGUUUCUGGGACUAAGACGGAUCUGAUAGAGAGGCUAAAGUUGUACCAGGAGAACUCUAACAUUCAGAUUGCUGUCGUCACGGGAGUCUCGCAGUCUGACCACAAAAGGUUAACCCCACCUGUGUCCCCUAUCGCCUCUAAGGUGUCCACCCUGGGCAUAGAGGACAGUAAUAUGUCAGACAGCAAGCUCUCAGAAGCUCUGUCCCCAGCUCACACUGCUCCCUGUGGGAACUCCCCACAGAGAAGUCCACAGGAGGAGCGCCCCACGGACACGAGGUCCUACGAGAAGGACAAACGUCUCCACGAUAAGGAGCGUCAGAUCGAGGAGCUGAUCAGGAAGCUGGAGCGGGAGCAGAGGCUGGUGGAGGAGCUGAAGAUGCAGCUGGAGGCGGAGAAGAGAAGUCAGCAGGCGGAUCCUCCGGCUCGGCUCGUACCGCUCGCUCCCGUCCGGGUCAAGGAGGAAAACGGGACGACGUCAAACGGCUCGGCGUCUUGCGUUUCUCCCGGUCUGCCGCCGUCGGUCAAACAAGAGGAGGCGGCUCCUCAAAGUCAGUUCAUCAUCAGCGACCCGACUUUUAAGCAGCCUAAAACCAAGGCGGAAGCUCGGAACCUCCGACCUGCCUCAGCAGUUACUACCCAGCUCCCCGCCAGCAGCCUUAAAUUACACACGCCCGUUUGCAGCGCUGACCCGGGCUUCAUCCUGACCUCUGGACAGGUGCCACAGAAAACAGAGGCCUCGGCAGCGUUACGACAGCAGUGCAGCCCUCAGACUCAGACAAAGUCAUGGAGGAUGGGUCGAACAGCACAGAGCUUACUCAACACAUUCCCAGCAAGUGGAUGCCCUGUGGGAGCAUCCUCUAGCCAACCUGGUGCUAAGGAUCCUCCAAAUAAGUCUCCCUGUACGCGGCAGACCACCGUCCUGCCAAAUUUCACAAACCACGUGUCGAAGUGCAAAGACCCGCCGCCCCGCUAUGAGGAUGCAGUGAAGCAGACACGCAGCAUCCUAACAGCUGUUCAGGGUCCCACCGCCGCCAGCCAGCAGAUGGAUGACUUGUUUGAUGUGUUGAUCGAGAGCGGUGAGAUCUCCCCCUUCAUCAGACAGGAUCCUCCCAGUAUGCAGAAGCCUCUCCCAGUGACAGCCAGCGUAACCACCCUCGCCAUCAACACGGUGUUAUCCCGCCCUCCGCCCGUGGUCCAAGUGGCCCGGCUGCCCGCAGCGCAGCUCAACCCCUCGGCCAGCUUGACCUCUGACCCCCGGCUGGAAACCCUCCUCGGUGCGAGCGCUCACACCGAGCCGCAGACACGGACGCUGAUAGAGGAGCUGCGCUCACCUGUGGUUCCCAUGGAGGAUUACCUCAAUGAAAACACAGCGCCCUCUACUUUGAACUUGCACAGUACCAACAUGGAUAAUAUGGACUGGCUGGACCUUACCCUCUCCGUGCCCGCAGAGGGGGUCAACUCUUUGGACAUGUCGGCGCCAGCGGGCGUCUUCUCCUCCGACUUCCUGGACUCACAUGAACUGCACUUGAACUGGGACUGACUGACUGACAAUCGGUGCACCCAUCACACACAGGUUCAGACACACAUACUUUUAAAGCUGCAUUUAUUUCCUCUGUGUAAAAACAGGCGCUUUCAGAGGCUCUGUUUAGUUUUUCCGGUCAUAUAAAUGAGCUCAGUCAUAAUCUAUUUGUCCGUUUAGAAGUUCCUGCAUUGCUUCCUUUGAGGUCCUUAAACCCUCUGGUUCUUCAGGAAGACACCUGGACUGGGACUGGCAGAGUUGAAGUUUCCUUUUACCAUUUCAAUCUAAGUUCAUGCCACGAAGUGGCGAUCAAUAUGUGCUCACGUUAUUGCUUUCUCUUUGUCCUCUAAUUGUGAUGAACGCACAGUGUUGUAUUGGUGAGUGAUAGCAGAAAGAGAGGGUUCCCUCUGGUUGAAGAACUAAUGGACAAACACUACAUUUAUCUGGGGCCUAUUAUGCAGGUCACUCUCUGAAUGUUCCCUGUGUGUAUGUACAUUGUGAAGCAUAAAUCAGAUGUUUAAUUGAAUCGAGAGUGUGAUUAUGACAGCGUUAUAAUGUGAGACCACUGAGUUACCACAGUUAGCCUGACCAGACAAGUAUUUAAGAGAAAAUACUCAAAAUCAUCCCACAAAAUUGGUCCAUGUCUCAACCAGUUCUGACAAGUUUUCCAGCAGAUCAGACAAAUCUUCACUCCUGGAUCUUCCGAAUGCAUUAUGUGUAGAACAUACUGCACAUGUGAUUGUAAAAAAAAGUAGGAAACAGGCAACUAAUCACAAGUUAUCACACAUUCAAAGACUCUGAAAGGGUUACAAAAUAUUUAAUUAUGUUGGUUUGUGUUUAGGUCGUUUAUUCAAGAGGUGUAAACAUACCGGCAGACAUUCUGCACGGACACAUCUUCCAGAAGAAUAUCAAUAUGAACCACUGAUCACUUCCCACUGAGAUAACAUGAACGUAUUGCAAUUGAUUUGUUGUGUAGCGCCACCUGCUGGCCACAUCCAGAUCUACUCAGCUUGAGCAAGCAAAGUCUGACAGGUAUUAUUCUACUGCAAAGGAUGACUUCUGGUAUGAUGAGAAUAUAAUUCACUGUCAAAGAAACCUCCACACACACACAUGAUGAACUAAAGCAAGAUCGUUUAUGGUCACUCCGAUGAAUUAUCAGGAAUCCAUUGUCUGCAGAUUCAUCUAAACAUUGGGGGAAUUGUUGAAAAGGGACUGAAGAGAUUUGUCCUUGUUAUUUGUUUUGCUGUCAGCACAAUACCGCUUCAUUUGACAAUCCAAGUGUAACCCUUUUAGAAGAAGAAGAAGAAGAAGAAGGGAUUGUGACCAGGAAUGAGAAAUAUUUUGUAUUUCUGGGAACUACAAAGUCUUACCUGAGGGAACACGCUGUGUUUCCUAGAGAAAUACUAGGUCCACAUGUUUCUGCUGUUCGGUUUACGUCAGGGCUCUGUUGUCGGCCCUCUGCUUUCCUUUCUUUUGAUUUUACUUCUUUGUCAAAUUACAUUCCAGUGUUUUGCUGAUGAUUCUCGGCUACAUGGGCCUGUGGAAGCAGAUUGUCAUUCUCACAUUAUAAGUCAAGAGGUGAGCUUGUCUGGAUCGGAUUAAACUCGAGGUUCUGGCUCCACAUAGACAACAAGUUGAUCAAGAGCGGUAACGGCAGCUUGAUUUCUCAAAGUUUGACAUUAAAUAAAUCAACAAGGCCACCAUUGUUUCGCCUUUGCAACACGGAUAAGAAUCUGUUUUGUUGAAUUGAUUCUUUUGUCGACUUGAUUGCAUGUUUGUACGUCAACUUGAAAUACAGCAUGACACCAAGUUCUGCUUCCGCCCAUCGGCUCCCCGUCCAUGAAUCGGACUCCAAGGCUCCUCUGAUGCCCCUUCACGUCCAACUUGAUGUCCAUCCCUUGCUCUGUACUUUCAGAAUACAGGUCAACUGACCUUUUCCUUUUAUGGUCCCGUCCUCUGGAAUUUACUUUCAGACUGUCUGACUCUGUUAAGGCCUUUAAAUACAAACUUUAAAUGCA